CACAGCCCCGACAACAUGCUCAUCUCCGCUCCUACCGGGUCCGGUAAGACGAAUAUUGCGUUCUUUGCAAUGAUUCGCGAGAUCCAGAAACACCUCGACGCCGCGCAGUCCGCUCUCGUCUCCAGCGACUUCAAAAUCGUAUACGUCUCGCCGCUCAAGGCGCUCGUCGCAGAGCAAGUAGCCACCUUCCGCAGGCGCUUCGACACCAUACGCGAUGCGAGCGGCGGCGGCAUCGCCGUGCGCGUUUGCGAAAUGUCGGGCGACUCGCAGCUGCGCGAGUUCGAGCUCGCCGGCGUCCACGUGCUAGUCUGCACGCCUGAGAAGUUCAGCAACAUGCUCCGCUUCGCCGAGCAACGCGCGUCGAUGCAACUCAUCAAGCUGCUCAUCAUCGACGAAAUUCACAUGCUGCACCAGGCGCGCGGCUGGGUGCUCGAAGAGAUCGUCACCAGCUUGCGGCUCCGCGCCGUAGACGUCCGGUUUGUCGGGCUCUCCGCCACCAUCCCAAACUGCCACGACAUUGCCGACUUUUUGCACCUGUCGCCGACCCUGCUAACGCGCGCUAACAACCCGCGCAAAGGCCUGUUCGUGUUCGACGACAGCUUUCGACCGAUUCCUCUCGCCAAGUGCAUCUACGCGCUGGAGAGCGGCGACUCGGCCGAGGCACAGGAUGCGCUCACCUUCGAAUUCGUUGUGCGACAGCUGAAGAACCAAAAGUCCGUGCUCGUGUUCGUCCAGAGCCGCCAGGGCACCGUCAAGGUCGCUCAAAAUCUGCUCCGUUCCUUUUCGCAAACCGGCGACCUGACCGCGAUCUUCAGCAGCCAGCGUCGCGGCAGCGCGCUAAUCCAAAAGCUCAAACAGGCUUCCAAAGAAGCCGCAGACCCCGCGCUCGCGAGUGUCGUCGAGUUCGGCUUCGGCUUCCACCACGGAGGCAUGAGCCGCGCAGACCGUGAUCUGGUCGAAGCCUUGUUUCGCAACUACCAGAUUUGCUGUCUUGUGUGCACGUCGACGCUUGCGUGGGGCGUCAACCUGCCCGCAAGUUGCGUGAUCGUGCGCGGCACCACGUUCUACGACUCCACCAAGAACGUGUACGCCGAGAUGGAGGAAAUCGACUUGCUGCAAAUCACCGGCCGCGCCGGCCGCCCACCCUUCGACCAAACAGGGCUCGACGCCGCGCCGGACUGGGAGUUGCUGCUCUCGCGCCUCAGCGUGGAGGGUCGCAUUGAGCGGAACAUCAUGGUGCUGCUCAUCAACCAGUUCACCGAGGCGAUUGCUGCGGAACCGAACGUCUUGGAGCUCGAAGAGCCGCUUAUCAUUGUGGGGGACAUCCACGGUCAAUUCUACGAUUUCGUGAAAAUUCUCGAACUCGGCGGAGCGCCGGACCCGAAAUGCAAGUACUUGUUUCUUGGCGACUACGUGGACCGCGGGCAGUUCGGCAUCGAGGUUUUGGCGGUGCUGAUGGCGCUCAAAAUCAAGUAUCCGGACUGCGUGUGGCUGCUGCGCGGCAACCACGAGUCGCGGCAAAUGACCACGUUUUUCAACUUCCGCGACGAAUGCGUUAAGAAGUACGACGCCGAAGUGUACAACCUGUUUAUGGAAGCGUUCGACUGUUUGCCGCUCUGUGCGCGCGUCAACCGCCGGCUCUUCACGGUGCACGGAGGGCUGAGCCCGGGACUUACGCACAUCGACCAGAUCAAAGACAUCGUGCGCACGAAAGAGCCGCCGCGCACGGGCGUGUUCUGCGACUUGCUUUGGUCCGACCCAAUUGACCCGCAGAAACACCAGUCGCUCAGCGGCAAAGAAACUUUUCUGCCGAAUGACGUGCGCGGCUGCAGCUACGUGUACGGCUUUCAGGCCGCGAAGCAGUUUCUGGAAGAGAACAGUCUGCUUUCGAUUAUUCGCGCGCACGAAGCGCAGUUGGAAGGCUACAAGAUGUACAAAGAGCACCCCACGACCAACUUCCCGACCGUAAUCACCAUUUUCAGCGCGCCGAACUACUGCGACAUUUACGACAACAAAGCCGCGAUUUUGCGCUUCCAGGACAAUACCGUAAACAUCCAGCAGUUUCUGCACACACCACAUCCGUACGUUCUUCCCAACUGCAUGGACAUGUUUGAGUGGAGCAUUCCGUUUCUCAUCGUCAAACUCUCGGACAUCUUUCACACUUUGGCUUCCGAUUAA